ACUCGAUCAGUCAUUUUCAGUCCGGCAUUCAGUUAGGUAACAUAUCGGCCAACAAAAUUUUCCAAAACACCAUUUGAAAUUUUCCAAUUUUUCUUACGAUGGAGAACGGUCCGGAGUUUAGUUGGGAGUACAGUCAUGGUGGUCAGGGCAAUCCCAACUACUCACAGAUGGGAAUGGGUAGAGCUCCUUCUGGAGGCGGCGGUCGACAGUGGCUGCACUCGAAUCAGGCGAACUAUACGCAGGGCUCCAGUCCCCAUGGAAUGGGAUCCCACCAGAAUCACGCAUCUCCAGGGGAUCCUUUCGCCUCCUACAACCAGAACAUGCUGAACAUGUACACCAACUUUAAGCCCAGCUAUGGUCACUCUCAAGUUGGCCCGGCUACGGUCCAAGGACUAGGCCCAGAGCCUGGUAAUGAAAUGGGCCAGAGAAUGGGUAAUGGUAUGCCUGCGUCCAUGGGAUUCGAUGAGGGCAUGGGUUCAGGCAUGGGUCAGGGCAUGAGCAAUGGCCUGGGCGCUGGAAUGCGAGUUGGUGCCAUGCAUGGAGGUCAAAGGUUAGCUGGGGGCUACUCCAGUCGCUCGAACGGUCUCAAUGAUCUGAACCCUUCGCAAUCCCACCGAGGCAGUUGGUUCUAGAAGAACCCACUAGUUAGUUCCCAACUAUACUUUGCGAAUCUCAUUUGGCACAAAUUGUAUUUACAAGCAAAUAAAUCGAAAUUUCUCGUUAAAGGACUAUAAA